AUGCUGAAGUGCGGGAUGAGCGGCAGUGCGGUGAAAGUAUUUGGGAAAGCAAUCCAAGCUCUGUCCCGAAUCAGUGACUUCUUGUGGCUUGACCCAUCUGAAAAAGGUCUUGCUCUAAGGACUCUGAAUUCUUCUGAGUCAUCAUAUGGAUCGAUCCUCUUCUCUCCUGUGUUUUUUCAACAUUAUCAGUGGUUGGCCCCAGUGAAAAUGAAAGACAAUGGCACAGCAUCUCGUUUAAAUUGCAAGUUGGGAAUGAAGUCAAUUCUGCCCAUCUUUAGAUACCUUAACUCCCUUGAGAGAAAUGUCGAGAAAUGCAAUAUAUUCACCAGUUCUGAUAACUGCAAAGUAGUUAUUCGAUUCUUCUACAGACAUGGUGUUAAAAGAACCCAUAACUUGCGUUUUCAAGAAAGUAUGCCUAUGCAAGUGAUCUUUGAAAAGAGUACAUGUUGUAAUACACUAAUGAUUCAGCCACGACUGCUUGCGGAGGCAAUUGUUCUUUUUACAUCAAGUCAAGAGGAAGUGACUCUGGCAGUUACCCCACUGGAUUUUUGCCUGAAGAGCCCUCAUGAGGAGUCAAUGGAUUUGACUAAUUCCGUUUACAGUGAGAUGUUCGUUGGCCCAGAUGAGUUUGACUUCUUUCAAAUUGGAGUGAAUACUGAAAUAACAUUUUGCAUGAGAGAAUUGAAGGGAAUGCUGAUGUUUUCAGAAGCUACACACGCACCUAUAUCCAUUCACUUUGAUUUUCCUGGAAAGCCCAUGGCAUUGAGUAUCGAUGAUAUGUUGUUGGAAGCCAACUUCGUUAUGGCCACCCUGGACGAUGGCCCCAGUGGGGCCUCCUCGCCGCGGUCCUCCCUGGCCCUAUCACAGACAGGAAGCAGGUCAGAUCUGGUACAGUCAAAUCCUGAGGCCAGUAAAGAUGCAACCAGCCAAGUCCCAGACCGUCUCUCUAGAAGAGCAACUGGAAGAUUCCACCGAUGCAUGGAUACCUCUAGGCCCCAAGAUCCUGGCAGCCCCGAGCUAGAAGUGGGGAGCACAAACAUCAGUGAGGUUCCCGAGAGUGUCGUCAGUGACCCUGAGGAAGGACCAGGCCAUCCACACCUCAGGAAGUUUUCCUGCAUGUUCUUUGGGGCCCUGGCACCAGACCAGCAAGAACACAGCCACCCUCUUGACCACGUGGCCACAGCAAGUGACAGUGAGGAAGACGCGGGUAACAGCAAUCUGUCACAGUCCAAGGCCGUGUGA